UUGGAGCGUUUUGUAGGCUAGCUAGUGACUGGGCAGGGCAGUGCCGAUUAAGGCUAGCCACGGUAGCUCGUAUAAAUAUUAAAUGAACAUUAAACAUUUUUAGGACACUACGCGGUCUGUCGGAGUCAGCGCCCGGGCUACUCGGGUGACGGGAAGUUAAUCUGACUGCGAUCAUGUCACUGGUUAACCCGAAGCCGGUGCUUUAGUAAAUCGACCCACUAUAUGCCUGAACAUGCCUGCUGAAGAGCCUGUACAAGAUGCAGAGCAGAGACAAACUGGUCCCACCUGCAGGUUGAGUGGGGAGGCAGGGCCAUCCAGAGGAGAGGCGGGACCGUCCAGAGGGGAGGCGUGGCCGUCCAGAGGGGAGGCGUGGCCGUCCAGGGGAGAGGCGGGUCCGUCCAGGGGAGAGGCGGGACCGUCCAGAGGGGAGGCGUGGCCGUCCAGAGGGGAGGCGGGGCCGUCCAGAGGGGAGGCGUGGCCAUCCAGAGGAGAGGCGGGGCCAUCCAGAGGGGAUGCGGGGCCAUCCAGAGUCCCUCCCAGACAGGGCUACUGCAGCUGCUGUCAGGUCGUUUACAACAAUGUAGAGCAGCACAUCCUGAGCGCGGGCCACAGGGAGGUGGUGGGCGGAGCAAGGGCGCAGGUCGUCUCCGGGAGCAUGCUGGAGAGAUUCCUGUUGGACGUCAUCCAGCACCACCCACACCGCUACGGAGACCCCCGGCCCAGCCACGCUGACCUGCCGUCCCUGGGCAGUGCUCAGUCCCCCAGGAAGCAGCUGGAUGUGUGUGUGUCAGAGGAGGAUGGCUUGUCUCUGUCCACAAGGGAGCUCCUCCCCAGCUCCGCCAGCUCCUCCUGCCAGCUGCUCCAUGUCCAGGAGACGCACACACACUCCCCCAGACCGUGCAGCCCCCACACCCCUCCUCUUCACAGGAAAGCUCACCGGAAGACCAACCGGCGGAGAGAGAGAUGCUCCUCCUCCUCCUCCUCCCUCGCCCCUCGGGGACUCUCUCUUCCCCAUCAGCGGCCCGGGCCAGGGUCCCCGGACCCCAAGCCCAGAAAGAGGGACAGGAAACAGGAUGAAACCUUUUCAAGCAAUGGCUCUGAUGGUGUGGGAGAUGUGAUAGAGGAGGUGAUCCAGAGACUCUGCUACGGGCGCAGUCCUGCCCUCCACCACCAGGGGGACACAGACAGCUUCCACCUCAGCCUCCCCGCGUCCCUCUGUGAGGGGUCAGGGGACAGCGAAGACUGGGACGGCCCCGUCCAGGUGGCUCUGGAGGAGUGGAGGGGGGACGGCAGGGCCUUCACCUGCCUCACGGGGGCGCAGGUGAGCCUGGAGGAGCAGGGCUACAGCAGCCGCCUGGCCUCUGCUCUGCACCCUGCUGGGGCACUCCGCGAGCCCAACAUAGAGGAGAUCCUGCCCGCCCCACCCCACAUCCCCCCCUCCUUCCUGGGGAAGACCUGGACGCAGGUGCUGCUGGAGGACGAGCUGAAGGUGGAGGCCAUGGUCAGGGAGUUCCGCCAGGGACACUUAUUCUGCUACUUCGACAGCGAGUCCCUUGCCAGGUGCGGGAGGAGGAGCGGAGACAGGAAGGGGAGGAGCAGAGACAGGAAGGGGCAUGGCCAGAGGAUGGGGGAGGCUGGCAUCCUUUCCCUUGCCGAGCACGACGACGACCCAGAAUGCACCAGGAGGAGGAGUGGACGGAGCUUCAGGAUGGCCUCCAGGUGUCAGGUCGUCAAGGUGAGCCAUGGGACCCAGACCACGCCCCUCAUCAUCCCCAGAGUCCGACCAGCCCCCGCCUGCCAGACAGCCAUCCCUCUGGACAGCCUUGCUCCCUGCCAGGACCUCUCCACUGACCCCGAGACGACCCCCCAGGCGAGGGCCGGGCCUCUGCACCUGCCCCCCUCCUACUUGCGCAUCAUGACGCCGCUGCAGCCCAGCACCGCACUGCUCUACAUCCUGUCGUCCCCUGGCAACCAGGACACCACGCCCCGCCUCAAACCAGUCGCCAGGGGCAACGGCAGGAAGAGGAGAAGGUCGAGCGAGGGGGAGGGCGGAGAUGUGGGGGUAAAGGUCAAAUACAAGCGGGUUCCCCUAAGGUACUAUGACCCGGCUACCAACCGGAUUCUCAAGACCCCCCCCAGGGGCCUCCUGCCCCCCCUGGCGCCCGGGGCCCCCCGGCCCCCACAGCCACACGUGGUUAGACAGCUGUUCAGGAACCUUGGUCCAGACAUUAACUCAGAGAGGCUGGGCCGCGAGGGGAAAGACAUACGGACGAGGCAGGGGGGAGGAGGGGGGAGAGACGGGUCCGGGGGGAGUCGGGAGAGAGGGAGGAGCGCGGGCAGCACCGCGUCGGGAUCACAGCUAGAGCCUGGGGUGAAAGGUCAGGGGUCAUCAGAGGCGGGGUCGUCUGUGACCUCACCCUUCAGCCGCUCCUCGCUGUCCAAUAGCAGCCGCUUCCUCCUGGCCACGCUCACCCCUGACUCAACCCCCCUCCCGGAGGCCCCACGGCCCCCCCGCAGGGUCCCCCGGCCAGACCCCCCCUGCCCAGAGAGACGCCCGGCCCCCCCCUACAGGCUGCCCAAGGGCCUCUCCCCGCCAGCCCAGCCCAGGAAAGGGGCCUCCCAAAGGGCUGUGGAGAACAGGCAACUCCCCAGGAGGGAGAAGAGGUGA